AAUAUACUUUACUACUCACUUCUGCAAGUAGUCAUGACCGCUGAAGAAAGAAUCUUUUUAAACUACAAUGGAAUUCAUUUGGAUACUUUUAUGGAAAUGCUAAUUUUGUUUUUAAGUCUUGGUAGUUUUUUGCUAACGUUAUGAACAAGCAACGAGCUUGUCUUGUUAGGUGGACACACAGUAGUAAGAAUGUCUAGAAGAGGACCAGUUCUUCACAGCCGGACCCAGUGGCUGCUGUUGGGCCUUGCUUUGCUCUUCAGUUUGGUGUUGUUUAUGUACCUCCUGGAAUGUGCCCCCCAGACUGAUGGAAAUGCAUCUCUUCCUGGUGUUGUUAGAGAAAAUUAUGGUAAAGAAUAUUACCAGGCCCUCCUGCAGGAGCAAGAAGAACAUUACCAAACCAGGGCAACCAGUCUGAAACGCCAAAUAGCCCAGCUGAAGCAAGAAUUACAAGAAAUGAGUGAGAAGAUGAGAUCUUUGCAAGAGAAAAAGAAUAUCGGGGCUAAUGGCAUAGGCUAUCAAGGCAACAGAGAACAGACACCUAGUGAUCUCUUAGAGUUUCUUCAUUCCCAGAUCGACAGAGCUGAAGUUAGCAUAGGAGCCAAACUACCCAGUGAGUAUGGAGUCGUUCCCUUUGAAAGUUUUACUUUAAUGAAAGUAUUUCAGUUGGAAAUGGGUCUCACUCGCCAUCCUGAAGAAAAGCCAGUUAGAAAAGACAAACGAGAUGAAUUGGUAGAAGUUAUUGAAGCUGGCUUGGAGGUCAUUAAUAAUCCUGAUGAAGAUGAUGAACAGGAAGAUGAGGAGGGCCCUCUUGGAGAGAAACUGAUAUUUAAUGAAAAUGACUUCAUAGAAGGCUAUUACCGCACUGAGAGAGAUAAAGGCACACAGUAUGAGCUCUUUUUUAAGAAAGCAGACCUUAUGGAAUACAGACAUGUGACCCUCUUCCGCCCUUUUGGGCCACUCAUGAAAGUGAAGAAUGAGAUGAUUGACAUUACGAGAUCAGUCAUUAAUGUCAUCGUGCCACUUGCUGAAAGGACAGAAGCUUUUUCACAGUUUAUGGGGAACUUCCGAGAUGUUUGUAUUCAUCAAGACAAGAGGAUUCAUCUCACAGUUGUGUACUUUGGGAAAGAAGGACUAUCCAAAGUAAAGGCUAUCCUAGAAUCUAUCACAAGUGAGUCUGGUUUUCACAAUUACACCUUGAUUUCACUGAAUGAAGAAUUUAAUCGUGGACGAGGAUUAAAUGUGGGUGCCCAAGCUUGGGACAAGGGAGAGGUCUUGAUGUUUUUCUGCGAUGUUGAUAUAUAUUUCUCAGCUGAGUUCCUUAACAGCUGUCGGUUAAAUGCUGAGCCAGGUAAAAAGGUAUUUUAUCCUGUGGUGUUCAGUCUCUACAACCCCGCCAUUGUUUAUGCCAACCAGGAUGUGCCACCCCCUGUGGAACAGCAGCUGGUUCAUAAAAAGGAUUCUGGCUUUUGGAGAGAUUUUGGCUUUGGGAUGACUUGUCAGUAUCAAUCUGAUUUCCUGGCUGUUGGUGGAUUCGACUUGGAAGUAAAAGGCUGGGGUGGAGAAGACGUUCAUCUUUACCGGAAACACUUACAUGGUGAUCUCAUUGUGAUCCGGACUCCAGUUCCUGGUCUUUUCCACCUCUGGCACGAGAAACACUGUGCAGAUGAGCUGACGCCUGAGCAAUACCGGAUGUGCAUCCAAUCCAAAGCCAUGAACGAGGCGUCUCACUCCCACCUAGGAAUGAUGGUCUUCAGGGAGGAAAUAGAGAUGCAUCUUCGAAAACAGGCGUACAGAACCAACAGUGACACCGCUGGGUAACAGCCACCAACACAUGAAAGUCUGAACCACAAGCCAGCAUUGUUUAUUCAGCCUUAAUUCAAACCCCAGAUUCUGUGCCUCUUGCAGAGGGGGAAAACUGUUUAUUUUUUAUGUUCUUUCUGAUUUUUUUUUCUUUUUACUUUUUUUUUUUUUUUUUUUUUUUUUUUUUUUUUUGGUUCAGCUUGAUAUAAGAAGAAAACACAGGUGUUUUGACACAAAGCAGUCUUGUGAGAGUACUGUGGUAGAAACAGUUGACAUAAUGAAAUUUGGAAUUUUUCCAAAAUAGUUUGAAAUAGAGUCUGCCUGGUACCUGUGUUCUGAUUGGUUCAGGUAUGCUAGGCUGACGUUGGGUUGCUUGGCACGUCUAUAGGAAACAGAACAUUGGCUCAUCAUGCUGUAUAGGCAGAUAUCACCUGUGAACCACUAAGUCGAUCAUUCAACUUCAGUUUUUAAAUGAGAGCUUUUGUUGAUCACAUGUAGAAUAUUUUUCACAGAGAAUAAUUGGCACAUCUGGAAUCUGCAGUCCAUUAAGAAGAUAGAAAUCAAAGCCCCUUAACUUCUUGUUGCUUUACCUCUAAAUAUCUUCUUUAAGCCAAUGACUACAGUAGACAUAGUUUAGACUCUACUGCUUGGUGAUAAAUAAAAUAUAUCAUAAUGUUAUCAUCGUGUUCAGAAUACAUAGUCAAAACUGCAGCAGAUGUUUUGAACAAACAAGAAAAUACAGAAGCUUUUGAACAAAGCAUUUUAUUACAAUACAGGAGAAUACCUACAUUUGGGAACAUCUUUUUCUAUAUGCCAGACCUUCCUGAAGAGGCAUAGAAGAUAUGAACAUUAUAGUGAGGGGUUGGAUGGCUUUUGUUUUGCACUGUCUUAUUUAGCAUGGGUAUAUAUAUAUAUAGAUAUAGAUAUAUUUAUUUUCUAAUGCGUUAAUAUUUGCCACAACUGUAUUUGCAUUUGUAUUAUACUUUAAAUUGAAGGAGUUUCAUUGAAAAAAGUGGUUCAAUGCAUUAUAUAGUAAGAUCACUCUGAUUUUAGAAAAGGGAAGGAAAGUAAUCAUAGAAAUAUGGAUUAUGGAGUACUUUAAAUAUUAUGUACAAAUUGAAUGUUAUUUUAAUUGAAGUGUAAAUUAUAUUAAUGAGAUAAGAAGAAUGAGAAAUUAUAUUCUAAUGAGACUGUACUAUAAUAUUUAUCACAUGUGGAUACUUUAUCAUUGGGCCAUUUACUGAACAAAGUAAAAGGCAUGCGUAAUUUUUUAACCCUUGACUUUUAAAAGGGACCUACUAUUUGUAUAUAACCCAUGAAAAUUCAGAAAAAUCUUUUUUUUUUAUUCAAUAAGUCAUACACUUUCAAAUGUUACAAAUGCCAAACUUCUAGGUGCUAAAGUGAAUCCAAUUUCAUAAUAACUAAUUGUUGCGAAUUCUAGCUUGGAUGGUGUUUAGUUUUUUUGUUUUUUUUUUGUUUUUUUGUUUUUUUUUAGAUAUAUAAAGUGCUCUGUACAGAAUAAGAAAAGCCAGCAUAUCCUUUGUACACAUUAAUUGUGAAGACCAUGAACAUGGUGUUUGAAAUUAGGGAACUGAAUUAUUUACAAAGGUGGAUUUGGGUUGGUUUUGAGAUAAUCAAAUGAUUUUUACUUUAACUCCUAUUUUUUAAAACUAGCUUUUAACUAAAGAUAUAAGCUAGGCAAUGAGAGCAUUACUAUAUUUUUUACAUUAAGUGGUACCAAUAAAGUAUUUUGUUACCAAAA